CUAUGUGAAGGAGACGUUGUGCUGCAUGAGGCAAAUGGUGGUCACAUCAGAUACUGACUGCUUUUCUGAUCCACACCCCUACCUUUUUUUAAGAGCAGUGCUCAGCUAGCUCUCAAUUUGACGUUGUCAUCGGGUGUACCCAACCGAGAGGGAAUCCAUUGCCCUGGAUAACUGUAGCUACGUCUGCUGCUGUACCCACACUUCCGCUCUGCAAGAGGCACGCGUCCAGGCAUUCACGUGCACAAAGAAAAGGUCGUUAUGUCGGAUGAGGAUUCGCGUGCCAGCAUUAGUUCUUCUUCCUCAAUUUAUCAGCAGUUAAAAAUAAACGCGCCUAAGAAACGAGCAGAAAGCAAAGCCAUCAUGAGCAAGACCUCCAAACUCCUCUCCACGAGCGCGAAAAGAAUUCAGAAGGAGUUGGCUGACAUUACUUUGGAUCCGCCACCGAACUGCAGUGCGGGUCCAAAAGGAGAUAACAUCUAUGAGUGGAGAUCCACCAUCCUGGGACCACCAGGCUCUGUGUACGAGGGAGGAGUCUUCUUCCUAGAUAUCGCCUUUACACCAGACUACCCCUUCAAACCACCCAAGGUGACGUUCCGUACCAGGAUCUACCACUGUAACAUCAACAGUCAGGGUGUGAUCUGUCUGGACAUCCUGAAGGACAACUGGAGCCCCGCCCUCACCAUCUCCAAGGUGCUGCUGUCCAUCUGCUCCCUGCUGACUGACUGCAACCCUGCUGACCCUCUGGUAGGAAGCAUCGCCACCCAAUACACAACCAACAGACCAGAGCACGACAGGAUAGCCAAACAGUGGACCAAGAGAUACGCCACAUAGAUACACAGGAUUGGGUCGUAUUCAUUAGGCACUACAUGGACUUGUCCAAUAAGAAAAGUUCAUUUGUUUCACAUAGCAUACCCUAACAACUAUGACCCUGGGCAACAUGAGAGGAUAGGGGGUGUCAGAGCUCCUUCUGGGAUGACUCAGGGACAGGAGUGGGGGGGAAAGGAAGGGGAGGAUAUUUAUCUUGGAAUUUAAGUCUUCAUCUCCUGAUAUUUUGUUUAUGGUAUUUAAGUUCUCUGACCUGUAUAUUACCAUUGAUGCUUUUCAAUGUGUUAACUUGAAGUUCUUUAAAAUUAUUACAUUUUUAGCUAAUUGUGCUUCGAAAGGAAAUUAAUUCUACAUGUUUGGUCUGCUUAUAUAAACCUGUCACACACAG